AUGUCGCUUCAGCUAACACACUUGGCAGACAACAUCCUCGUCGACGCCCGGAACAGUUACCUCUACCACGUUGGGCAAUUACCCAUCCACCACUACAAUUACCACGAUUCCAUAUUCGGGAUCUGCGAGUGGAACGGUGAUCAUCGGUGCCCCGUUUACCGUGACCACAACAACAACACUAGGAACCGUCACCUCAACCACCUGGGGCGCAUAUGCUGGGACCACAACGAUUACAACGAUCUCAUGGUCGGGGACCCAAAGUGGAACAGUCAUUGUGGGGAUUCCGUACACGGUAACGACCACGACGACAAGCUCUUCAUCCACCUCAAGUUCUUCGACGGCCACUACGCCCUCGACCGCCACAACCCCUACGACCGCAACUACGCCCACAACUGCCACAACUCCCACGACCGCUACCACAUUGACUACUGCCACCACGGCAACAACUUUGACCACAGCUACUACACCAACCACUGCGACCACGGCCACGAGAUUAACGAGCUCAACAUCAACCGCCACCGCGAUUUCAACUCCAAGCUGUUCGGGAGCCUUGGCAACUGCUACUACAAGCAGACUGCUGCUCAAGGCGCUCUCGCUGACUUUGACAACUCAGGUGGCCUCGCCGCCAACAAGGUUUCAGUGGUGAAGGCAUGUCGUGGCCUGGUUGCUGUCGGCUCCGGAGGUUCGUCUCCAGGCAACACACAGUACACCACUGUCACGUAUGCAUAUCAGCCAACGGCAGCAACGGAGACUACGGUUAGAACAUCUACGACUAUUGCUCCUAGUGGCACCUAUCAGGGAACAGUCAUCCUCGCAACUCCAGUAGCCACAGCCCCUUGCGUAGCCGAAGGCUACUUAUCACUCUACAACAGACUGAACCGCGUCAACCUGCAAAACGGAAGCUCUUCACUGAUCGCCGAUGUCAAUUCUGGAACCGACGCCAUCAACUCGCUUGGAUACAACCCCAUAGACUCAUAUCUCUACGGCAAUUUUCGCGAGGCCGCUAAUGCAGGCACUGCUGGACCACAGCGCUUCAUGCGGGUCGGCUUCAACGGGAACACACAGGUUUUGUUCAGCCUGCCCACUUUCCGCAGUUUCUACGUCGGCGACAUCGAUUCUAACGGACAGUAUUGGUCGGCAUCACAAGAUCCUACAUGGCAGUGGAUCCAGGUCAAUCUCAAUCCGAACCUGCCAGCAUAUUAUGGGACCUCGUCGAACCCGCCCGGCGGCCGUGUACAGGACUGGGCUUUCGUACUUGGCGGAGGUCCUUAUCUCUACGGAGUGGCCAUCACCAACCAAGGCAGCACAACUCUGAACAGAUUCGAUCUGAGCACAAAGACGUGGACAGUUGUUGGCUCCUUGGGCAACACAGUCACCGUCAACCCGAACAACGAGAAGCGCUGGAACGCUCUGUACUCCGGCGCUGGCAACGGAGACCUGUUUGGCCUGGAAGGUUAUAGUGGACAGCUUUGGAAGUUCAACGUCAACACGCUUGCCGCGGAAUUUGUGAUUCAAGGACCUGUUGGGUCGGCGGAGGCCGAUGGUGCAAGAUGUUUGAGUGCUCCUCUGUAA